CCAGAGGCCGCUCCCGGGUCGGCAAGUCGCAGCGCGGCGGCGCGGGGCGCGCGGGGUGAGAUAAGCGGCCAUGUGACCCCACCUGGCGGGGGCGGGGCGCAGGUGCGGCGGCGGGCGCAGCAGGACGCAGGCGGCGACUGCGGCUGCAGCGAUGUCUGCGGGCAGGAAGGACUGGUCGGCGCUGUCCAGCCUGGCUCGGCAGUGGACUCUGGAGGAUGAGGAGGAGCAGGAACGUGAACGCAGGCGGCGACACCGCCACCUGAGCUCCACCACGGAGGAUGAGGUUCCCAGGCUCACCCAGAAUGGAGACCAGCAGGCUGCUGAGAGGCUGCCCAGUGUGGAAGAAACAGAAGUGCCCAAGCCACUACCCUCAGCCCCCAAAGAUGAGGAGGAUGACAUCCAAGUCAUCCUCCGGGCACGGCAGGAGCGGAGGCAGAGGCGGAAAGCCGUGGAAGCUGUCCCGGCCCCCAUGCAGGAGGGGCUGGAGGCAGAGGAUGUAAGGGACAGCUCCAGCCCUGAUCCGGCCAUGCAGCAGCCCCUGACACCGAAGAAGGAACCACAGGCUCUACCUCGCCGGAGACUGAGCCGAGAGAAGCGGGGACCCUGGGCCCAGGAGGAGGAGCGCUUGGUGAGCAAGGAGCCAGGAAUGGGGAAGAAGGGGCUUCCAGAGGAGGCCCCAGCUCCAGAGGAGACCUUGGUCUCAGAGAAGUCCUCUGUGCCAGAGAAGACACCCACAAAGAGACUGGCCUUGGAGAAAACGUGCCUCUCUGAGAAGGGGCCAGCCCCGGAGAGUACAGCUGUGUCCCAGAAGACAGCAGUGCUGGAUACUGGCAGCCCAGAGAAGUCUGCUCCAGGAAAAUCGAGCAUCUUUGAGACAUCACUGGCCCCUGAAAAGGCAUCUGUGUCUGAGAAGACAGCAGUGUUAGAGAAAAGGUCCAUGCUGGACAAGAAAACAGAUCUGGGAAAAGUCAGUGUUUCUGAGAAGCCUCCAGGGAAAGCAUCUUCUCGGGUCUCUGAGAAAGCAUCCUUCUUUGAAAAAUCCUCAGUCACAGAGACAAAGCUGGCUCCCAAGAAGGUGGCAGCAUCUGAACAGCCCCAGGGCUCUGGGGGAGGCCAGGCCAGCACCCAGGAGCGGGGAGGAAGGGCUGUCUCCAGGCGAAGCCCGACUUCCUCAGCAGCGGAGCGCAGAGUUCCAGGCUCUCCAGCUGCGGCUUCCCGCCUCCCACCCAUCACACUCCAGGUGAAAAUCCCCAGCAAGGAGGAGGAGGAGGAGGAAGGCACCUCUUCACCUAGCCAGCUCACCUAUAGCACCUCUCUCAAACGUUCCAGCCCCAGGACCAUUUCCUUUCGGAUGAGUCCAAGGAAAGACAACUCGGAGACCACCUUAACUCGCAGUGCCAGUGUGAGGUUGCCAGCCAGCACAGUGAAGCUGGAAGAGAAGCUGGAGCGAUACCACAAAGCUGUACAGAGAUCAGAAUCUGUCAGGUCCCAAGGCUCUUCCCGCACUGAGGUCUUCGUGGCUCCCACGGGUGUAGCCAGCAAGCGCCACCUCUUUGAAAAGGAACUGGUGGACCAGAGCCAAGCAGAACCAGUCUCCAGCCGGAAGGACAACCUGAAGCUGUCUGGAGUUGUGACAUCAAGGCUCAAUCUGUGGAUUAGCAGGACCCAGGAGUCAGGAGAUCAGGACCCCCAGGAGGUACAGAAACAGUUGGCAGCUGCCAAGAGGACUCAAUGGGCCAAGAAGUCAGAAUCCUUCCUGGAUGUCGAGGUGUGACACCCCUGCUUGCUGAGACAGUUCAACCAAUGUGCCUCUCAAGGGCCUCCUUCAAGCCAGGCCCUGCCUCCCGAAGCUGCAUCUCUGUCUCUCACUGCUCCCCCACCCCCCUUCUGCUUCUGGACCUGUCUGGCCAGGGCCCUUAGGGGCCAGCAAUACAGUGACAUGCAGCCAGCUCCUUCUCAGGGCAGCCUCUGGGGUGGCUGUCCCUGGCACCUCUUUGCCCUGAUUCAAGCAUCCCAGAUCCAGGACGCAGUAGCAGCCCAUUGGGGAUGUGGAGCCUCAGCAUCCUCAGAGGCCCCCUCCCUUCUGCCCACUUCCACGGACAUCAGGAGGGGGCCACCCCCAACUCCAGUGUCACGUCUCAUCUGCUCCCAGCUGAUGCCUGCAUGUGCCUGGGAAGUCUCCUGCACUGAGGCCUGGACCUACAUGCCUUAGCCGCUGUGGGCCUGUCCCCCACCCCAGGCCAGGCAGGGAAGGAGCCUCCCUGUACCCACCGUCCACGUGCCCUGUCAUCCUGCUUUGUUCUCUACACCCCCAACCCCCCACCCAGCCUGUUGCCCUGGCUGGGAGCUCCCGGCCUUUAUGUGCAACAGAUUAUUUUAUUGUAUCAGAAAAGCUUCUUCUCAGGAAGGAUCUGAUAAACUCUUUCACUCUCA